GUGGAACGAAUAGCAACAUGUUGAAGCUUCUACUUAGCAUUUUUGGACUGUGCCUGAUUGGGGCCUUGGCUCUUCCCGGCGAUGUGCGUCCGAGCUCGACGGUGCCGCCCGUGGCCAUUGUGGAGUCUGGUCAGGAGAAGAAUGACGAUGGCUCAUACCAUUUCUUCUACCAGAGCGAGGAUGGCACACAUCGCGAAGAGACGGGUGUUGUGCAGAACCCAGGCACCAAGACGGAAUUCCUCGAGGUGAGCGGCUCCUAUUCGUACUUGGAUGCCGAUGGCAAAGAGGUGGUGGUGCACUAUAAGGCCGACGAUCAUGGAUUUGUGCCCGAGGGCAACAAUAUAUCGCCACAGAUCUCGGUCUCGGCCAAGCAGAACAGCGAGCAGAAGGAGCCCAUCCCCGACACGGACUACAUUAAGCCGCCAAAAUAUUAAUAAACUCUGA